UUUUCCCUCCCCCCACAAAAAACAACACACAACUCCUUGCAACCUUGCAUACUUUUGUUUGGCUUCCCCUUGUCCAAAGUUUGGGGCCUUCCCUUGGUGGGGCCCUUCACCUUCUUCCCAUCAUGAGUGGAUCCUUCGAUAAGAAGAUCACCAGCAUCUUGACGGACAUCUCCAGUUCUCUCAGUUGCCAUGCGGCCACCAAGGACUCUCCGACCCUACCUGAAUCAUCCAUCACGGAUCUGGGUUACUACAGCACCCCGCAUAACCAGCACGAGUACUACCCUAGCCAAGCGUACACCCAGCCAAUGAAUCCCUAUGCCUACCACCCUCAGUUUAACCUCAAUGGACUUGGGGGUGGUGGGACCUACUCCCCUAAAUCUGAUUACCCUUACAGCACCUCGUACAGGCAAUAUGGAUCUUUCCGGGACCAACAGUUGCCCAGUCAAGAAACAGUUUCAGUGAAGGAAGAACCGGAACCAGAAGUGCGGAUGGUCAAUGGAAAACCCAAAAAAAUCCGAAAGCCGCGCACAAUUUACUCUAGCUACCAGCUGGCUGCCCUGCAAAGGAGAUUCCAGAAGGCUCAGUACUUGGCACUGCCAGAGAGGGCAGAAUUGGCUGCACAGCUUGGACUGACCCAGACACAGGUGAAGAUCUGGUUCCAGAAUCGAAGGUCCAAGUUUAAGAAGUUGUACAAAAAUGGAGAGGUCCCCUUGGAACACAGCCCCAAUAACAGUGACUCCAUGGCUUGCAAUUCUCCACCAUCUCCCACCCUCUGGGACAAUAACACCCACAACAACCCAGCCAACAGGAGCCAGCUCCCUCAGCCACUCUCCUAUAACUCUCCCCCCAGCUAUCUGGAGGAUCACAAUUCCUGGUACCAUCAUCAAAACCUGAGCGGGCCUCACAUACAACAGCAAGGACCUCCACCCACUUCUAGCUCUAUGCAUCACCCAUCUCCUGGGCCUCCUCCCAAUCCUGGAGCAGUAUAUUAACCUCCUUUGCCUCCUCAACGAAACCAGUGGAGCAGGAAAAAAGGCAUGAGGGAGAGAGAGAGGGAGAGACAGACAGAGACAAGUCAAAACUCUUUGAUGUGUUUGGUAGGACAAGUACGCAUUCCAUCCCAUCUCAGGAAGAAAUGAACUGCAACAGGGUAAAGACAUUUGAGAGAUCUUCUAACAGCAGA